CCAUUAUCGAUAGCUACGUGCAUUGAAAGGCUUCUGUAAAUGCCAAUUGCUAGCUGUGGUUGAAAAGGAGGUUUCAACUCAUUAGAGUAGAAGCUAAUUGCCGGAAGAAGGGCACCAAAACCAGUCCUGCUAACCCGCUGAUGGCUAGUGGUCCACCAUCAGUGGUCUCAUCCAAGGAGACAACCAACUAUGCACGGCUUUGUCGUCUUCUGGUGGAUGUCGGGUCUCAGGUCUUGAGGGACACAUUUGAUGGAAUACACCCUCCGGUGGGACUCCAUUCAGUUUUGGCUGGUCACCCAAAUCAUGCAAAACUACAGUCUCUUCAGAAGAAGAAAGUUAUUAAUCCUAAACAAUGGGGGAAGUUGUUCCCUGUCAUUCCAGCAUCUGUUUCAUCAGCUGGCUUUGAUAUCACUCUCUUAGUGGUGCUACUGAGGAAUAUCUGCGGUCUCAGUCCUCCCAGCAGUGGUUGGGACCAUCUUCCUCCUGUUACAGAAGGUGGUGCAUCUGCUAACAUAGCCAGGGUGAAGUUCUAUCGAAAUACUGUAUACGGCCAUGCUGAGCAAGCUGUGGUCGAUGACACCAAAUUCGAUACCUUAUGGCAAGAUAUUGGUGAUGCAAUAGUUGGAUUAGGAGGAGCAAAGUACGCUGCAGCUAUUAACAAGCUCAAGAAUGAAUGUAUGGAUCCUGAUAUGGAAAAACACUACAAGGAGUUGCUAUCAAUGUGGAAAAGAGAUGAGGACAACAUCAAAGAAAAGCUGCACGAGGUGGAAGGAAAACUUGAACAUGUCAAAGAACAAGUGAAGAACGUCAGUAAAACGUUGGACGCCAUCUUUGGAUCAAAGCAAGCUGAAGAUGAUGUUGAUCCAAGUAAACUGGUCGAUGAAAUACGCCAACUUUACAAAGUCCGUGAGGGAUGGUUGGCACCGUUUCCGUGGUGCGAAGACUUUUGCUUUCAUCUUGGCGAUAUCUACACCAGACUUAGGGUGGUAAAUAGAAAGAAAGCAGGAAGGAGAGCCGAAGGACACGUUGUUACCAUGUCUGAAAUCUUCAAGUCACACGAAGAAUGUGAGAGUCCCAGAACAUCGUUAAUUGAGGGAAAGCCCGGUAUGGGAAAAACAACCUAUUGCAAGAAACUUGUUUACAGCUGGGCGGUAGGGAAAGAAGAAACAGGUGGUUUCCUGCCAAGCUUCAAAAUCGUAUUGUUCAUCAAAUGUCGCGAUGUGAAGGGGGACCUGUGGGCGGCCAUUGAUGAUCAACUUCUACCUCGAGAUAUCGAUGAAGCCGUAAAAGGGAAAUUCUUCAACUUCAUUCGCCGCAAUCAGUCUGAGGUUCUGCUGGUCCUUGAUGGAUUGGAUGAAGUUUCUGCGAGUAAACUGCCAAUGUUUGCCGAAAUCAUCCAGGGAAGAAUCCUUCCAAAUUGUUACCUCGUUGCUACAGCGCGACACGAAGCUGGAGUUAAAGUUAGAAUACACUGUGACACAUUGCUAGAGGUUGAGGGGUUCACUGAAGAAGAUGUGCGAAACUUUAUCAUGAAAUACUUCAAAACAAGAGAGGAUUUGGCUAAAACUCUCAUCGAAGAGAUUGAAAAAGAUAAAAAAUUGAAAGACAUGUCGGCAAAUCCUCUCAACACCGCUCUUUUUUGUCUGGUUUGUGAAGACUUUGAAGGGGUCUUCCCAGAAAGUAGGACGGAGCUGUACGUGGAAAUAGUGCAAUGUGUUUUGAGAAGAUACAAGCGAAAGAAACAACUUCCAGAAAACGGCGAAGACCUCAUUGAAGAGUACAGAACCCAACUAAAGCACCUUGGCGGGAUAGCACUUAACGGUUUGCUCGAAGACAACUUGGACUUUGACGACAGUGAGCUUGGAAAUCACAAAAGUGACUUACCUAAAUUUGGAUUUCUUUCCGUUCAGCCAGGAGGCAGCAAAUUAAGACCGCGCCGACGUUAUGCUUUUCUUCACAAGAGCUUUCAAGAAUGGUUUGCCGCACACUAUCUGUGUCGUCGGUUGAUUGCGAAGGAAAUCAGCCCCAGCGAAAUAGCUGUUGACAAACAUUUCAUCCACCAAUUGAAAGAAGUCCUUCCAUUUGUGUUUGGUAUGCUAUCAGCACAAUGCGAAGAAACAACGGUGAUCCUUGUAAAGAGCAUAGCGACACACGUGAACCAGGAGGUGGAUGAAGUCAGAGAUGGAUGGUUCAGAGUUGUAUUGGACUGCAUCAAAGAAUGCAAGGAGGAUAAUGAUCUGCCGACUCGUUUGUCACGCGUUUUUGGCUCACUUCUUCAACUGGAAUGUGUCUCUCUUGAAAGAUCAAAUGUUGGUGAUCCCGAUGUUGUUAUUCUGACUGAAGCACUUAAAACCAAUACAACCAUAACAAGUUUGCAUUUUUCUUUCAAUGUAAUUGGAGCUGGAGGCGCCGUUGCUCUGGCCGAGGCCCUUUCAAGCCAUCCGUCCCUGAGAGUGUUGAAUUUAAGCACCAAUAGAAUUCUUGGUAAUGGAGCUUCUGCGUUAGCUGGUUUACUCAAAUGUAACUCAACUCUGACGGAAUUGUUACUGCCCUUCAACAACAUUACCGACACUGGUGCUGAUGGUCUGGCCGAAGCCCUGAAAUGCAACACUUCUCUGUCAAAGUUGAAUUUAAAUUUCAAUAACAUUGGCCAUCUUGGUGCUGCCACCAUAGCCGAUGCCAUUAAGUGCAAUGAAACCCUGACAGAGUUGAGACUGUCUGGCAAUAAAAUAGGAGACACUGGUGCUGCUUGUCUUGCAGAUGCAAUUCGGGUGAACACUUAUUUAAAAAUGAUUCUUUUGGAUGGCGGUGACAUUGGAAUUGCUGGUGCCACUGAUCUGGCUGAAGCACUCAAAUGCAACCAAACCUUGACAGAGCUGGGUUUGCACGAUAACAACAUUGGCGAUUCUGGCACUACUGCUUUGGCUGCUGCCCUUAAAUGCAAUAAUUCCCUGGAAAGGCUGGAUUUAUCGAGGAACAAAAUUACUGAUCGUGGCGCUCUCGCUUUAUCUAAUGUCCUUAAGUGUAAUACUAUUCUGAAGGAGCUGUAUUUGGCCCGCAACGGCAUCGGCUAUCGUGGUGUUGCCGCGCUAGCUGAUGAGGCUAAAGGGAGCACGACCUUGACGAAGUUAAAUUUGUCUGGAAACAAGGAUGUGGCGUCUGUUGUUCAGGAACUCCGCUCAAAACUUGGCAAUCUUAAUGAGUAACACAAUCUUAAUUCAGACUUUUUUUCAGUGUGCUGCAUUACAAGGAGCUGAUGAGAUUAUGAGAACGCAAAGUAGAAAUUUGGCUUAAGUACAGGCACAACCAAAUUUUUCGAGAUUGGGUUUCAAUCGUAGACCAAAAUGAAGGAUCGAUGCAAGUCAGUAUGAGGCCCUUAACAUGGCUGUUGCAUGAAACUAAUGAAAACAUGGCGGUUGCCAUAUGACAAUUCCAAAGCUGAAUUUCAAUCAAUCGCUUGAGUGUAAGCAAGAACUUUCAUAACGAGGUUUAAAAUAAAGGUUAUGGCAGCCCUGGGCUGACAAUGACGAGACACCAACUGGGUAAAUCAGCUAUUGUGCAAUGCUAUCACUCAUGUUUAGCUUCUUGUCCUGUGCACUGGAAAACAUGGUUUCAGUUUCUCUUGUGAACAUCACCUGAGCUUUCCCUGAUACGUACUGACCCUCCCCGGUUUCAUGCAACAUAUACUUGAUUUUGAUGCUUCAUUUGAAGUGUCUUUCGAUACAUCUUGCCAUGGGAAGGUGAGAUUUUUGAUUAGCGUUAUUUCUGAACAGAACUUGAAAGGGUACUCUGUGGUAUCUGGAACAUAUGUAUUUCCCCCUUGAUGUUAUAUCCGAGUCUGGUUAGGAUUAAAGCAAAACACCUGAAGGCGACUUGAACACGAGAUACCAAACCGAAAGCAAAUGAGCUACUCAGUUUAGAAUACGGUUGCCUCGAUGGUAGCGUGUACAAAAACACUGUUUGGGGUGCCCUUAGUGUGAAAAUUUAGGCUUCUCAAUCCCUAUUGGGAAUUCUAGAGGGUGCAAAAUUUUGAUUUAAAGGUAAUUUUUUUACGACACCAUACAAACAUCUAGAAGCAUUUCUAUUAUUUUCGCUAGAUAAAUUGAGCUUCAUCGGCGUUAAUUUAGACUUUUACUAAGCUUGGGGGGCGGGUGCACGGGGAUAACAUCUGAAAUCACUUCCCUCUACAGUCCACAACUUCCGUCCACAUCUGAUCCACCGCAAUACCUCAUUCAUUAUACUAAUGAAUGAGCUUAAAAGAAUCGCCUUCCAUUCUCAGACUCGAGCGUUCCUUCGGAAGCCCUCGUAAAAACGAACGGUUCUCAUUUUCAUACUGGGGCAUUCCUGCUAAAGAUCGUGCAAUAACAAUCUGCCUGGUUUAUUAAGCGUGUUUUCGUAAAUAUGUCAUUUUCUAGCACUUUUAUGACAACUUUUGGGUUAUGAACACAGAGGAAGGAAACUUAGUUCUCGUUCCGCACCAGCUAUCCUAAAAUUAUAGGAUUCAUUUUUCAAUUCUAAAGGACUGUAUUCCAAAGACCGUUGAUAACAACAGUUUCUAAAUGAAGAAUAAGAAAUAUUUUCCAUUGACGUUGUAGUGUCGUCAUUCAGACACAAAUAGACUGUUACUCUUUCAUUGCCAAAGGCUAACUGAACUUUAUUAACAAACACGUUACACAUAGAAUUAGAUACGUAUGAUGCAGGAUCCUCGCAGUAGAGAGCGCUAUUUAUGCAAUAGCGAAAA